CUGCUGGGCAUCGUUUCCGCUCAGCUCUGAGCUGCUGCCUCAUGGGCUGUCAGGGAUGAGCGCCCCAUCCUGGGGACUUUGCCUGACAGGGAUGGGCCAGGGUGGAAUGGGGACUCUGGGAGUGCUACUGGGGGUGCUGAGCUUCCUGAGGGCUACUCUGGGGGGCUCUUCUGCCCUCCACUGGUACAACACCUCCUGCCACUUGGCCAGGCCCACCCCCGGCAGCCCCUUGGGGUCCCUAAGCUUCCUGGGCACAGAUGCCCGGGGACUGGCCCUGUUUCAUGCCCACUGGGACGGGCACGGGAGGCUGCAGGCAUGUAGCCGGCAGGACAAGCCAGAGCUCACUGCAGCUUUCAGGGCCCUCUGUGCCAGCGAGAUCACCCAGGGCUUCUUCAUCCACACCCCUGGACCUGAGCUGCGGAGAGCCCUGGCCACCCUCCAGAGUCAGCGGGGGGCCUGCCCACCGUCCGAGGAAAGUGCAGCAGGAGCGAGGGAGAGGCGAGCGGCAGGGCAGAGCGGAACACCUGGCGCGGCGCACCAGCGGGGGAAGAGGGGCUGGACCGUGCCUGGCACGCUGUGGUGCGGGGUCGGAGACUCCGCCGGGAGCUCCACGGAGCUGGGGGUCUUCCGGGGCCCUGAUCUCUGCUGCCGGGAACACGACCGCUGCCCACAGACCAUCUCACCCUUCCAGUAUGACUAUGGCAUCCGAAACUACCGAUUCCACACCAUCUCUCACUGUGACUGUGAUGCCAGGUUCCAGCAAUGCCUGCAGAAGCAGCAGGACGCCAUCUCGGAUAUCGUGGGCGUGGCUUUCUUCAAUGUGCUGGAGAUCCCCUGCUUUGUGCUGGAGGAGCGGGAGGCCUGCGUGGCGUGGUACUGGUGGGGCGGGUGUAGAAUGUAUGGCUCCAUACCCUUUGCCCGCCUCCAGCCCAAGACACUCUACAACGCUUCCUGGAGCUCCCCAGCCAUCCCUGUGACUCCUAACCCCCAGAGUCCAGCCCCCAGCAAGUCACGACAGAAGCAUCACCCUCAGAAGUGGCCACCACAGCAAGAAGGGUCCCAGCACCCCAGCAAAGACAGUGCCACAGCCCUCCAGGCCACCAUGGCCUCCCCUAAGCCAGAUGUGGCUCCCACAGCCCAGCUGGAUGUAACCCAUUCAGGCCUUCAGGGGCCACAAGGUGUCCUAAAACCUCAGGGCGCCCACCAGGCCUGCCGAGGCUUCCGCCACCUGGACCAGUGUGAACACCAGAUCGGGCCGCAGGAGACCAAGUUCCAGCUGCUCAAUGACUCCCCAGAGCCCCUCUUCCUCUGCAACUGCACACGCCGGCUAGCCCGAUUCCUGAGGCACCACAGCCCACUCACAGGUGCCAACAUGCUUUUGGACCUUCUGGGUACCACCUGCUUCAAGCUGGCCCCUCCACUGGCCUGUGCUGAGAGCAAAGAUUGUUCUGGGGGCCCUAGGGCCAUCAAGGUAUCAGCUCGGCACUUGUGGCAACUUCAGCAGAGGACACUCUGGAGUACAGGCAGAAAUGAGAGGCAGGCAUGGCCUUCAAAGCACCCAAGGACCCCCAUGUCAUUCUAUGACCGGUGCCUGCAACUGACUCAGGCAGCCUGAGGACCCAAAGAACAGCAAAAAUCCUGGAACCAGUGACCUCAGUUCCAGCUUUUAUGGGCACCAGACUGGA